AUGAAUGGACGGUCUUUGAUUGGCGCUGCUGAUGAUGCCUAUCCUGGUCCUCUUUGGAGGGGCCCUUUUGGAAAAAAAACUGGUGAGGCAGCAUACAGAGGCUCCCCCUGGCUAACCUUGGCCCUGGUCCAGGGGCCGGCAGAACAGGAGCCAGAAGAGACAUCCAUGGAUGACAACCCCACUGCAGUUAAAUUGGACCAGGUUGGAAAUCAGGCUCCACAAGGUCGAGGCAGAAGACGCUUCCCCAAGUCUCUUGGCUAUAUCACUGGUGACAUGAAAGAAUUUGCCAACUGGCUUAAAGAUAAACCGCAGGCUCUCCAGUUCGUCGACUGGGUUCUUCGGGGGAUAUCCCAAGUUGUGUUUGUCAGCAACCCCAUCAGUGGAAUCCUGAUUCUGGUGGGACUCCUGGUCCAGAAUCCCUGGUGUGCCCUCAAUGGCUGUGUGGGAACAGUGAUCUCCACCCUGACAGCCCUGUUACUUAGUCAGGACAGGUCUGCCAUUUCAGCAGGGCUCCAGGGCUACAACGCUACCCUGGUGGGGAUCCUCAUGACUAUCUAUUCAGACAAGGGAAACUAUUUCUGGUGGCUGUUAUUCCCUGUAUCUGCUAUGUCCAUGACUUGUCCAGUUUUCUCAAGUGCAUUGAGCUCCGUGUUCAGCAAAUGGGACCUCCCUGUCUUCACUCUGCCCUUCAAUAUGGCAUUGUCAAUGUACCUUUCUGCCACAGGACAUUACAAUCCAUUUUUCCCAAGCACCUUGAUCACACCUGUCACCUCAGUUCCCAAUGUCACCUGGCCUGACCUCAGUGCUCUGCAGUUGCUGAAGUCCCUGCCCGUGGGUGUGGGUCAGAUAUAUGGCUGCGAUAACCCGUGGACAGGGGGCAUCUUCCUAGGCGCCAUCCUCCUCUCCUCCCCACUCAUGUGUCUGCACGCUGCGAUCGGGUCCUUGCUGGGGAUAAUAGCAGGACUCAGUCUUUCAGCUCCAUUUGAGAAUAUCUAUGCUGGACUCUGGGGUUUCAACAGCUCUCUAGCUUGCAUUGCAAUUGGAGGAAUGUUUAUGGCACUCACCUGGCAAACCCACCUCCUGGCUCUUGCCUGUGCCCUGUUCACUGCCUACCUGGGAGCCAGCAUGUCACACCUGAUGGCCGUGGUCGGAUUGCCAUCUUGCACCUGGCCCUUCUGUUUGGCCACACUACUGUUCCUCCUGCUGACCACAAAAAACCCCAACAUCUACAAGAUGCCCGUCAGUAAAGUCACUUAUCCUGAGGAAAACCGCAUCUUCUACCUACAAUCCAGGAAAAGGACGGUUCAAGGCUCUUUGUGA